AUGGCUCAUAGUCAUCACCGUCACUCGCGCAUCGGCAAUCUAAUUAGUGCUAGGCGCCGCCGGGAAGCCAAGCAGGAUGAACAAAAGGUGGACUCAGAUUUACUUGAGGGUGGUGCAUUUCAAACCCCCAUGCUCCCCGCUACUGAUAUACUUCCGGAUGAAAAUUGCGACUCGAAAGACUCUCUGUGUCUUGAACAUGGUAUGAACGAAUCUGAUACACUGCUCGAAAAGCGGGAUGAGACGACCUCCGCCGACCCGACUAGUAUCGAGACUGUAUUGCAGAUAGUCGAUGCUAGCUCACAGGCACCCUUUCAGUCGACUGCUACCGACUUUCCGAUGACGAUAUCGGAUUCUGCGUACGCCACUGACACUCUACCGAGCUCGGAUGUCUUGGCUGCGACUGCGACUGCGAGUGCAACUGCUGCUGCAACUGCUGCUGCGACUGUGGCUGCGAGUGUCUCUAUAGAUUUAGGGCUAUUGACCUCGCCGACGACGUUGCCACUAUCCGAGACGUCACUUUCAAGCAGCUUUACGAACUCCACUCAAACUUCUUCGACCACCUCCACAAACACCAGUGGACUUCCGUCAGCAUCAAGAUCUGCGUCAGCUACAGUCAUCACUUCGCCUGCAUGGACUUCGACUCGUCUCAUUACUCAUUCUAGCUCUACGCCCUCUGCUACGACAACAUCAUCCCAGGCGCACACUUACUGGUCAUAUUCCGGUUCUACCUCCGGCUCCAACUCCAGCUCCAGUUCCAGCUCCAGCUCAUCGAUGAGCUCGACCUCCAGCACAAACUAUGCAACCUCUUCGUCAGAUGUAUAUGGAGGCUCUGAGUCAACUAGCUCAGCAACUGGUGCCGGAACUGCGCCAACUGCAAGUGAGACGCAUGUCUCGGGGCAGGGUUCGACAACCAAUCCUAACACACCUAAAAUCGUGGGCGGUGUAAUAGGAUCAGUUGCCGGUGUCGCUCUCAUCAUUCUUCUCCUAUUUUAUUACCUCCGCCGUCGAGGACUCUUUAUGGGGAAAACGGGACGUCCAGCAAUGUUAGGUGACGCAGCAGCUGGGGCUGGGGCUGGAGCAGCGGCUGGGUCUAGAGAAAUUGUCGAACGACGCGAAAGUAACGAUCCCCUCUUCACAGCCUCAUACCUCGCCCCCGCAUUCAUGAAGCGCUGGCGCCAGUCAACGGCAACAGCCCGCUCUGGAAGCACCGCCGACUCUGCCCCCAGCGAACGCGGGUUCCAAAAGAUUUCCGGCAGAAAGCUUCCUCCCGUCUUUACUCACGGUGGAGACGGAUAUGGCGGUGGACUGGACGGCGAUUCUCCCACCGCACCAGGUUUCUCUGCCACCUCCCCAGCAACCGGGCCAAUUGGAUCGCCCUCUUUCUAUGCUCCGCCCCCUACCUCCCAAUUUGGCAGUCCCCUAGACUCCAACUUCACCCGUGAAGUUGAGGAGCCCACCCCACCGACACGGCCCAACCUCGUCCACCUUCCUAUCUCCAACUCGGUUAACGUUGCCACUCCCAUCACUGUCACCCCUGCCCACCCAGUUGCGCAACCCCAGAGUGCAAUGCCCUGUGCACCGCCGCGGCCGGAUGGGCUUGGCCGCAGCUUACAUAGUUUCGAUGGGAGUCGAAGCAGUCGAUUUACUGAGGUGAUUGAUCAGUGA